GACUGGUGUAGUUCCGCACCUGCGCGGUGGCUGUCAGCGGACAGAUGUUCGCCGUCUUGGUUCGUGCGGCUGUGAAACACAAACACCUGCGCGAUGAGUGCCGGCACCCCGCGAGCACUGGCCUCGUCCGGGCAGAAGCCCAUCCAGGACAUCCGCCACCCUCUGUCCGCCGAGGAGAGCGCGCUGAGCCGCAGCCCGGAUGUGCUGCACCCCGGCGGCGCCGGAGAGAGGGACCUGAUCCUGCCCAAUGGGACUCCAGUAGACACCUCAAGCCCCACCUCCUCUUCAUCUCUGCUGAACCGACUACAGCUCGAUGACGAUCUGGACGGAGAAACACGCGAUCUGUUUGUGACUGUAGAAGACCCCAAGAAACACGUGUCUACUAUGGAGACAUACAUCACCUACAGAGUCUGCACAAAGACCACCAGAACAGAGUUCGACCUGCCUGAGUACUCGUUAAGGCGACGCUACCAGGACUUUGACUGGCUGAGGAACAAAUUAGAGGAAAGCCAACCCACCCACCUUAUUCCACCUUUGCCUGAGAAGUUUGUUAUGAAGGGAGUGGUGGACCGCUUCUCAGAGGAGUUUGUGGAGACCAGGAGAAAGGCACUAGACAAGUUCCUCAAACGUGUAGCAGACCAUCCGGUGCUCUCUUUCAAUGAACACUUCAAUGCAUUUCUCUCAGCAAAGGACUUGAAUAAGCGUCAAGGCCUGGCUCUGCUGACUAAAAUGGGGGAAUCUGUGAAGUAUGUGACGGGCGGUUAUAAAGUGAGGGCACGGCCAGUGGAGUUUGCCGCCAUGGGUGACUAUCUGGACUUGUUCACACAGAAACUGGGCACCAUUGACAGGAUAGCACAGCGAAUCAUCAAAGAGCAAUCAGAGUUCCUGAUGGAGUUGAGAGAGUACGGGCCGGUCUACUCCUCCUGGUCGUCUUUUGAGGAGGACCUCCAUGAUCCUCUGGAGGGGGUGUCGGGGUGCGUGUCGAACUGCUCCAGCGCUCUGGAGGAGCUCACGGAGGACAUGAGCGAAGACUUUCUCCCUGUGCUCAGAGAAUACGUCCUGUACAUCGAGUCCAUGAAGAAUGUGCUGAAGAAGAGAGACCAAGUUCAAGCGGAGUAUGAAACCAAGUUGGAAGCAGUCGUGUUCAGGGAGGACAAAAAGACAUCGGUGCCCGCUGACGUGGAGAAGUGUCAGGACCGUGUGGAGUGUUUCAACGCUGACCUGAAGGCCGACUGGGACCGCUGGGAGAACAACAAGCGGCAGGACUUCAGACAGCUGCUGACGGGCAUGUCCGACAAAAACAUACAGUACUACGAGAAGUGCCUUGCAGCAUGGGAGUCCCUCAUUCCACUGUUACAAGACAAACAGGAGGCAAAAGGAGAAACGAACUGAGCAUGUUUCAGCCAGCAGAGCUUUCACGGGACGGGACGCUACUGGAGCGGACGAGCUCCGAGAAUUCAUUUUUGUAAAGUGUCUUUAUUUGUUAAAGCCCAUGCAACCACCUCUCUCUUGUUCUCUCUCUUUUGUUGUGGAAGGAGAAUCUGUAGUUUCCUCGUCUCAAGCUCGGACUAGACCUGCAGAAGAAACACUAAACACUUAACGGCUUCGGGAAACCACAAACGGUCGCGAGGAGUUUUUGGUGCCGUCAACAAAUGUGUCGUUUUUAGUGAAAUGUUUGCCUGUUAUCCUUUUGUAAAUGCUUGUCUUUUGAUGCUGAUCCGUCCAAGGGAACCGAGACGUCAGUGUUUUAAUUUUUUUGGUUCACGUUCACUAACAGUCCUCUUGCCAAAGAUGUGGAACUGAAGUUUGAUAUCUCCUUUGCUUUUUUCCAGAAGAUUUCUUGGCCACUGGCAUCACAAAAGCCUUGCCUGGAUCGGCCGUUCCCUCGUUACACUCUAAACUAAGCUGUUGCGUUUUCCCAGCCAUACUUGACCUCAUUAAAUAUUUAUGACAAAAUAUGUGUCAUAAUGAUUUGUGCUUGUCUUAAUGGGGCAGUAAAUGAGUUUGGGAUAUCUAGUCGAGUGAGGUGAAGGUAAUGUGGGACGUUUCCUGUGAAAUUCUGGGAUAUUAAUGGAGAGCGGUUCAUCUCCAGUAAUAUACACAUUCUGAAAUUCAAAGCUUUUAGUAAAUGCAUUAUGGUAAAGUUUUUGGCAGCUGUU